AUGUCCACGUCUUCCCAUCGGGACGACUUCUUCCAGACGACAUCCUCUCUUGACGAGCAGAGACGGAAAGAUGCCAAAUCAAAGAACACAAACGGGUCUCCCAUUAGACUGCAGAGCAAGAUCCUCGCUGUUCAAGCGGAUCCUCUGAAAGACGGCUUUGUUUAUGUGGCGCAGAGCAGCGGAACAGUCCGAAGGGUCAACCUCGAAACGGGUGAAACUGCUGCUAUUUUCAAAGGGCCCACGGCGCCUGUCACGAGUCUUUGCUUUAGCCCCAACGGCCAACUCCUAUUCGCGGGGUGCUGGGACAAGACUGUCUGGAGCUGGGAUGUAGCAACAGAACAACCGAAAUUACAAUACGAAGGCCACGCCGAUUUUGUGAGGGCAGUAACUAGCACGAGACUAGUAGGAGGCCAAGAUCUAUUGAUAUCGGGCGGAGCGGAUGCGCAAAUACUGGUUUUCGACAUCGCCAGUGGACAACGGCUACACGUUCUCAAGGGCCACACAAAAGGAAUACAGGAUCUUUCGAUAGACCCGGCCACUCUUGACCCCGGUAGCUCUGAGCGAGUCGUGUUUAGCGCUGGUAGUGACAGGGAGAUUCGCCAAUUUGAUAUCACCAAGGGCAGUCAGGACAGUACUGGCACGGAGGCUCUGUUGGUUCACGAUACAAACAUCUAUAAACUGUUCUUCGACCAGGAUGGGGACCUCUGGACAGCUUCUGCGGAUAAAACGGCCAAGUGUCUUGUCCGAGAAGAUGAAUGGAAAGCGAACCUCUCACUCACUCAUCCAGACUAUGUGCGGGACGUAGUGGUUGAUGAGCGAGGCGGUUGGGUCAUUACUGCCUGUCGAGACGAAGAAGUUCGCGUAUGGAAUCGAUCGACUGGACAACUAUAUCACACAUUCUCCGGCCAUUACGAGGAGGUGACCGGCCUAGUCCUCCUAGGGCUGACGCUGGUCAGCGUUGGCAUUGAUGCCACUAUCCGGCAAUGGUCUCUAAAACCUGAUGAUCUUCGAAAUGCCAUCGAACAGGCAACAAAACCUCCGGCCGACGAACAGACGGCCAAUGCAGGGUCUAUGCUAACUGAGGAGGAAGAGCGAGAACUGGCAGAGCUGCUGGAAGAUGAUUAA